UAAUUAGUGCCAGUAACGUCCGGGUAAGAUGGUAUCUCAAUGUAGUUUUGAUUUGCAUUUCUGUAAUGACUAUUGGGAGCCCUGGUGGUACAGUGGUGAAGAGCUAUGGCUGCUAACCAAAAGAUCAGCAGUUCGAAUCCACCAGCCACUCCUUGGAAACUCUAGGGUAGUUCUACUUUGUCCCAUAGGGUUGCUAUGAGUCAGAAUCAACUUGAUGGCAGUGAGUUUGGGUAAUGGCUAAUGGUCACGAGCGUUUCCUCAUGUGUCUGUUAGCUGCCUAAAUGUCUUCUUUGGUGAAGUUUCUGUUCAUCUCCUUUGCCCAUCUUUAAAUUGGAUUAUUUCUCUUUUUAUAACAAAAAGAGAAAGUGUUGAAGUAUUCUAUAGGUUUUAGAGAUUAAAUCCUUAUCGGAUUUGUCAAAGCCAAAAUUUUUUUCCCAGUCUGUAUGUUCUAUUUUUACUCCUUUGUGAAGUCUUUUGGUGAGCAUAAGUGUUUAAUUUUUAAGAGCUCCCAGUUAUCUAGCUUAUCUUCUGGUAUUUAUGCAUUGUUAAUUAUGGUUUUUAUUGUAUUUACGCCAUGUAUUUUUUUUUUUUUUUAAUAGGGCGCCUAGCAUCGUCCCCAUUUUUUCUUCCAUGAUCUUUAUCGUUUUAUGUUUAGGUCUUUGAUCCAUUUUGAGUUAGUUUUUGUGCAUGGUGUGAGGUAUGGGUCCAGUUACAUUUUAUAACAAAUGGACAUCCAGUUUUGCUAGCACCAUUUGUUAAAAAGACUUUCGUCCUUUGUCAAAGAUCACCGUUACUCUUUAAGAACGAGUGUUCAGAAUUAGAACUGUGAGGAAUUCCGUUGGGAAAUGUGCAUCCUUAUUUUGAAUUACAGGUUUGAUUUAGAAACUUGAGGAGGAGGGGAAAGGCAUACAGCUUUAUAGCACUUUCCAUACAUUCUGCUUUCGGAAGUUUUUGAUAAGGCACCAGAUUAAACCAGUGAUAUUAGCUGCUGAUUACUCCUCUGUUCAUCGGAAGAAUCUACUCUGGUGCCUACCUGCUCGUGGAGACACCAUUGUGCCGGCCUCUGCACAGAACCCUGAGUUAAAUACUUUACCUGUCCUUUGGGCUUUCAUUUCAGCUUGGGCCUUAUUGUCAUGAGCAUGACGCUUUGAAUCAAGAUCCCAAGGUCUUGCAUAGUGUCCAAAACCUACAUGUGCAGAGAAACACCAGAAAUUAGUGUAACCAGAUAUAUUUAUUGUGAGUAGAUACAUUUGAAUCAAGUGGCAUCAAACUGAAAGUAUUGGAAAUGUGCUUGGAAGAGGGGAUAGUGAAAGCUGGUUAUAUAGGUAACAGAUUUUCACUGGGCGACUGCCAUGAAUUGAAUUGUGUCCCCCCAAAAGUGUGUGUAGCAGUUGGACUGGGCCAUGAUUCCCGGUAUUCUGUGAUUUUCCUCUGUGUUGUAGAUGAUGCCUCUAUGAUGUUAAUGAGGGAGGAUGGCUGGCAGUUGUGUUAGUGAGGCGGGACACAACCUACGAGAUUGGAUUGUGUCUUGAGGCAAUCUCUUGGGAUAUAAAAGAGAGAAGGAAGCAGAGAGACGGGGGAACCUCAUACCACCAAGAAAGCAGUGCUGGGAACAGAGCGUGUCCUGUGAACUCAGGGUCCCUGCGAAGAGAAGCUCCUAGUCUGGGGGAAGAUUGAUGAGAAGGCCAACAGAGAGAAAGCCUUCCCCUGGAUCUGACACUGAAUUUGGACUUUUAGCGUACUUUACUGUGAGAAAAUAAAUUUCUUCUUGUUAAAGUCAUCCACUUGUGGUAUUUCUGUUAGGCAGCACCUGAUAACUAAGGCAGUGACCUUUGAAUAUAGGUCAGUAUUUGUUUGUCAAGAAUCAUAUAUGUUAAUCCUCAAGGUGGUCAAUUCUUAAGAAUUUAAAGUAUUGGGAUAUGGGCGAGGUAGUCUCCUAAAGGCCAUUGUAAACGCCUCAUGUCGGCUUCUCAGGAGAUGGAAUCAGAGUACAUGCAGACUUGCAGGGUCAGUCAUUCGUAAAAACAGUCAUUAAGGACAUGCCAUGCAUCAAAGCACAUCUGGAAAUUUAAUCAUCAAGGAAUUUUGCUUUAAGGGAAGUUUCUUGUUCCUGACCUGUAGUCGGCCUCUUUCAGCUAGCCCAGCACAGCCUGUUUAGGAUUUUGGGGUGUCUGCACUUUCCCUUUGUGAUCAUUGUCUCAGAUGAGAUUUAUGAUCACUUUAAGCUUGGUGAGUGUUUCUUCUGUGUAGACUUCCAGUUAUAAGAGUCACCACUUAUCAUGGUCUGGUUUCAUAGAUUCCUUGAGCAUUUACAGAUCCUCAGAUAUUCUCUGUGCCAUCUCUUUACACUCUUGAGUCAGGGCCUAGUGUAGACUUGAGCCGAAUUGUAGGAACGGUGCUGGUUUAGAACUUGAGAAACUUCAGAAAAGUUUGAAUCAAAGGCUCAGAGAUGAUUCCUCAAGGCACAUCAAGUGCUGCACAGAUCUGGGAACAGUUGGUUUGUAGCAAAAUUGUUGAAACAGGCUGAAUAAAAGUACAACAUGGUAAGCAACAACGGAAACAUAAUAGGAUGAUAACUGUGCAGUGAUACGUAGAGAUUUCUUCUGGACUUCCCAGCUUGAAAGCCAUUGUUGGAAUAGCUCACCUAGACUGGGAGUAGGAUCAGACAUUUGGUUAAUUGCGUUCUUCAUGUCUGAAACAUAUUGGGUAACGUUACUGAAUUCAUCAGCAAUAUAAGUACAGCACUCAGUUUUAAUUAUAGCACAAGUUCCUCCUGGGGCGGCAGUCAGGAUAUAUAAUAGAUUCGAUUUUGAAGGACAAACUUGCUCAUUUGGAUCAUUUCAGUGUUUAGAGCCAGAAUACUCUUAGAAGUAACAUUCAAGACUGAUUGAGUUAAUUUAUUUAGAGUUUCAGUGUGUGCAAUAACAUCUAACUCGAUAGAGGGUACGAAUAAAGCAACCAAAUACCAAUAAAAACAGAGCAAGUCCUUUCAGCUCAAAGGGGAGGGGUGUUGUGGUAGGGAGCUAACCAUCCCAUUUGAUGGGCUCUGUCAGGAAGCUGUUGUUUGGUGUGAUUACAUUGUUCCCAAAAAAGACAGGUAGUAGUACUUAGGGAACCAUAUCCUGGAGUUAGCCAUACAAAUCCAUCCCACAACUGCCAGACAGUGGUUCUGCUGGUGGUUCUGUUUCUGGGAGCAUUUCUAGCAGUUUCUCUGGCCAUUUGUAAGGUGCAGCUGAGAGAGAACGUAUAUCCACAACUAGGUUCACUCAGGGUAUGAUUUAUGGACCACAAAUAAGGAUUAUCAAGAGUUAUGGAUAAAUUUAGUAUGUUAGAUUCCUGUUUUUCCUCAGGUAUAAACUUGGCAAGAGAGACCCAGUGUUUCCCUUGCAAUCGGGGAAGACCCACCAGAGGAGCUGGAGGUGGGCGUAAGGCCACAGAUCCAGCAGUUUGUCUGAUUUAAUGUUUGUGCAAAUAAAUGAGCCCAUUGAAUAAAAACAUUGCUUCUCCAAGGGUGAAUAUAAGGAGUUCUUAGAGAAAAAUAUGGGAAAAAGGAGGCUACUUUCAUCGAGGACAGAAGAAAGGGAAAAGAAAAGAAAAAUAGGAAAAGAAAAAAAUUAAACUCAUUUAGGUGGAAUCUUGGUCUGAUAAUCUUGGGAUAAGUGUCUACGUCUUAGACGUUGUCUACUUUGGAACGUCCUCAGCAGAGACAAAAGUGGAGGUCACCAGUAACUUCGCUUGUCCCAGGGUUCGGUGGAGCUCUUUUGAGUUGGGAAAUGUGUACGUAGGGUUUUACUGCGCAUUGAUUUGUAAGCAGGACUUGGUAAGGUCUUUUCCAACGAGGUUCUGUAGAGCGUUUUCGUUUGCAAGUUUUUCCAAAAUACUAGAUCUCCCGGUGCCAACGGGGGGUCAUUUUCAAGACUGAAGUCAUCCUUUUUUUCCGGCGAAAGUUUGUUACGCCCGUGUAAACAUUUAUAGGAGUUCAGCAUAUCAGCAUUAACUAAUUGAGAAUCAAUAUAAGCAGUGUGACUUCAAAGUAAGGGUUGUCCAGUCACAGUCUCAGGAGGAGUUAAUGUUUUGCAGAAGGGGUGGAUCUGAGGUUGAGUAAAACUAGGGGCAGUACCUUUGGCCAUGGCAGAUGUGUGAUUUGGUUAAUUUAGUUUAAUACCAUGUGUUCUUUCAACCAAACCAGAUGAUUGGGGGUGGUACAGGGUGGGCAAAUGUUGAGUAAUUGGAAGUAUCUGGGAGAUUUCUUUGAUUUCUUGUCUGAUGAAAUGAGUUCCCUAAUCACCAUGCAAAGUGGUGAGGGUACCCCAAGAAGGAGUGAUGUCUUCCAAAAAAUUUUUUGCAAUGAAGGUGGCAGUUGCCCUUUAACAGGGACGAGCUUCAGGCCAAUGUGAAUACAUACAGGUAGGGAGCAGAACAUACCUAUAUAGAAGGAGGAAGCUGAAUGAAAUCCCUUAUCAGUUCAGUAGGUGGGGGAAAUUGUCCAAAGGAAACCUUUAAUGGCUUCUCUGCAUUACGUUUGUGGCAAGUUGGGCAUGAAGCAUAAACGUGUUUGUCAAAGGGUAGAACUUUUCCCCACUAAGAUAGCUCCAUAAUCUGGAUCAUUUUGUCCGCUGCAAGCUGGAUUAGGGAAUGUAGAGUGCAGACCAUGGAAGUUGUUCAAUUUUGAGACAAUACUGGUUUUUUGUUAGGUCCGACCCAGCGACCUUAUUCCUGAUUCAGACAACAUCCUUGGGCUUCCUGUUGUUUUCUUCCAGUGUCAGGAACGAGACUGCUAUGCUGGAUUUUUAAUUCUUCAGGAGUGGCUGGCAGAGUUUCGUUCACCUUACGCAUAUAAAUAGGAAUGACCUCAUUUAAACUGGCCACAGCUUUUGCAGCUUUACUGGCCAGUGCAUUCCCUUUAUGUUCAGUACUUUGUUUACCAGUAUGGGCUUCAACCAUAAUGACAGCAGUUUCUUGAGGCAAAAGAAGAGCGUUGAGUAGGUGACUACCUUGAGUCCAGCUCUUUAUGUUAUACCCAGAUGAGGUAAAGAGUACUCGUUGUUUCCAUGGCAUUCCAAAGUCAUGAACCAUGCCGUGUACGUACCUGGAACCUGCAUAUAUGAUGACGGUUAGGCUCUGAGCGAGCUGGCUUUACGGGUUAGAGCUGUUAAUUCUGCUUGUUGCACAGAGCUAACCUCCAGCAGAGACUGCUGCUCCAACGCUUCGGUAUCGGUAGUGACAGGUACCCAGCUGUAUAGCUUUCUAGGGAGUUUUUUUUAAAUCAGAACCACCAGUAUAGAGAAUGAGAUUGGGUUUCGUGAGAAUGCUAUCCUUGAAGUCAGCUCUGAGAGUCAACAGUUGUUCAGUUAAGUCUAGGUGGUCCUGGUAUGGUUCACCUUCAUCAGAUAAGGGAAGAAGAGUAGCAGGGUUAAGAAGAUGGCAUCUGGGAAUGUGCAGAUGAGGUGAGGAAAGUAAAAGGGUCUCCCAGGAGAAAAGUCAGCUGGUGGACAGAUGUUGGGGUAAGGCAGAGCUAAGUAAGGCCCCUCGGAAUGAGGAACAAGAGCUUUCAAAUCGUUCCUCAUCACUGCUGCAUUUUGCAAAUAACACAUCCACGUAAAUAACGUGCUCACACAAAAAUAACACGUUGGUGGGGGGUUGCACGUUGGCAGAAUUAUUUGUGUAAAACUACGGGUAAGUCUGCAGUGACUGCUGCUAAUUUACCAGUGGCAGCUGCUGCUUAUAACCAGGGAGGGUAGACCUGGGCCGCCGGGUCAGACUUGGAGCUCUGAUAACCAGUAGGUCUUCUUUGGUUUCCAUGUUUUGGAGUCAGAUCUCCUAGUGCAUUUCUGUUUCUUUUAUGUAUAGAUAGGAUAAAAGGCUUGUCAUAAUUAGGGUUUCCCAGGGCUAGGGGUACAGAUAGGGCCCUUUUUAGCUCCUGGAACUGAUGUUUCCUUUCUUUAGUCCAAACAAGAGGUUCAGAGGUUUCAGUUUUCAAUAAGGCAUAAAGAGGUUGGGACAUGAGAGCAAAACUGGGGAUCCAAGUUAGGCAGUGUCCACACAGGCCCAGGAACCCCUCUAAGCUGUUUGUUCGUAUGAAGCAAAGGAAAGUCGCAAAUAGUUUUUAAACGAGAAGGGUCCAGGUGAAUACCUUGACUAGUGAGGAAAUGUCCUAGAUAUUUAACUUGGGAAGGACUGAUUAUAAUUUGUCUUUAGAGACUUUAUAUCCCUUAUGGGGCACCUGGGUUAGCAGAUAAACAGAAUCCUUUUCACACCUUUGCUUAGAUUUGGGACAGUUGUCCACGUACUGACUGAGGACAGCCUUACCGGGAAAUCUGAAUCGCCUAGGUCCACUUUUAACACUUGAGAAAAAUAACUAGGGGACUCAGUCAGCCCUUAAGGCACAACUGUCCAGGUGAAUUAUUGCCUUUCCCAAGUGAAGGCAAACAAGUAUUGGCUUUGUAGAUGGACAGGAAUAUUAAAACAAACAAACAAACAAACAAAAACUGCAUAAAGUCAGUGAUAGUGUAAAUUGUCCCCUCAGGGGUACUUGGUAUAAAAGUAGGUGGGGCAAGUUUAAUUGAUGAAGGUCUUGUACAAAUCUCCACGCUUUGCCAUGGGGCUUUUUAACAAGCAGGAUUGGGAUGCUGCAAAGACUAAUACGAGGUAUAAUAAAUGCCUUAUUUAGGAAAUCUUUAUAGGGGUGAGACUUUGAAUGGCCUCGGAUUUCAAGGAGUAUUGAGGUAUAGCAGGGAAGAGUUGAAAGCGGUCAAUUUGGACUUUAAUAGGUUGGGCACUUAGUAUAUUCCUUAUGUCAGUAGAAGAGAUUGUCCACAGCUGAGAAGGGGUAGUAGCUAGUGGGGGGUGUUCUGUCUCCUAGAGGCCCUUUUCUAUGGCAGAUUUAGGGGUGGGGUUUUCUGGAAGUUGAAGAAUUACAUUCCCUUUCAUUUCCCAGUCUAUGUGAUGUCUUCUGAUCGGGGUGGCUCAUUCAGGUUGAAGGCCAUUAACAAACGUAGAGUUAAAAGCUAUCCCAGCGCUAUUUAUUUCUAGGCCAGAAUGUUCAGAGAAAGUUUGGUUAUGCAUUCCUGGAAAUUGUAUACAGUUGAAUUUUGGCCCAGUCAGUCUUUCAGGGAAAGGUUUUUGGUAUAGCUUCUAACAGUUUAUGAGCUGCAGCCUUAGAGUCGUUUAAAAAUUCAGCUGGGGUCACGGUACCAGUUUCUAAACUUCAUUCAGCAUUUUUUCAUUCCACUAACUGAAUCCAUUUGGAGGCUUCUCCUGGACCCACUAGAAUGUGUGUUAGCUGAUAUAAGUCAGGGAAGCCUGGUGGGGUAGGCUUAAAUUAGUAUAUAUCCUGAAUUUCUCUGUGAAUUUCCAUGGGUCUUCCACAGGGUUAGAAAAUUCCUUUGCUACAGCCCUUACCUCGGCUUUGGACCAUGGAGUAAAAGUAAUGACUGCCGCUGUGGGGUUUCUGGCCGUGUCCAGUGUCAUCACCAUGUCUGCCCCUUUCUUCCUGGGGAAGAUCAUCGACGUCAUCUACACAGACCCCGCUGUGGACUACACCAGCAACCUGACCAGCCUCUGUCUUGCUCUCAGUGGUGUGUUUCUGUGUGGAGCUGCUGCUAAUGCCACCCGUGUCUACCUCAUGCAGACUGCAGGUCAGCGCAUUGUGAACAGGUUGAAAGCUUCAUUGUUCUCCUCUGUUCUGAGGCAGGAGGUUGCUUUCUUUGACAAGACUCGCACAGGUGAACUGAUUAACCGCCUUUCCUCAGACACUGCUCUCCUGGGGCGCUCAGUGACUGAAAACCUCUCGGAUGGACUCCGGGCAGGGGCCCAGGCCUCUGUUGGCGUCGGCAUGAUGUUUUUUGUCUCGCCUGAUCUGGCCACUUUUGUUUUGAGUGUUGUGCCUCCCAUGUCCAUCCUUGCUGUGAUUUAUGGACGAUACCUACGGAAACUGACCAAAGUCACGCAGGAUUCCCUGGCACAAGCCACCCAGCUAGCUGAGGAACGUAUUGGGAACAUAAGAACCGUUCGAGCUUUUGGGAAAGAAAUGACCGAAAUUGAGAAAUACACCAGCCAAGUGAACUAUGUGAUGCAGUUGGCGAGGAAAGAGGCGUUUGCUCGGGCUGGCUUUUUUGGAGCAGCGGGGCUUUCCGGGAACCUGAUUGUGCUCUUGGUGCUAUACAAAGGAGGGCUGCUGAUGGGCAGUGCCCACAUGACAGUGGGGCAGCUCUCUUCUUUCCUUAUGUAUGCUUUCUGGGUCGGACUGAGCAUUGGAGGCCUGAGCUCUUUCUAUUCCGAGCUGAUGAAAGGACUGGGUGCUGGAGGACGCCUCUGGGAGCUCCUGGAGAGAAAACCUGAGCUUCCUUUUGACGAGGGGGUCAGUUUAAAGGAGAAAGACUUCCAGGGUGCUUUGGAAUUUAAGAAAGUGCAUUUUGCCUACCCGGCCCGCCCAGAAGUGCCGAUAUUCCAGGAUUUCAGCCUUUUUAUCCCAUCAGGAUCUGUCACAGCACUGGUUGGCUCAAGUGGUUCUGGCAAAUCAACAGUGGUUUCGCUCCUACUGAGGUUGUAUGACCCCAUUUCAGGAACUAUCAGUCUUGAUGGUUGUGACAUCCGUCAGCUAAAUCCAGUCUGGCUGAGAUCCAAGAUUGGGACAGUGAGUCAGGAACCAAUUUUGUUUUCUUGUUCAAUUGCUGAGAACAUUGCUUAUGGUGCAGACAACCCUUCCCUGGUGACUGCUGAGCAGGUGGAGAGAGCAGCUGAUGUGGCUAACGCAGCUGUUUUCAUUAGAAAUUUCCCCCAAGGAUUCAACACUGUGGUCGGGGAGAAGGGCGUUCUCCUUUCAGGUGGACAGAAACAACGGAUUGCGAUUGCACGUGCUCUGCUCAAGAAUCCCAAAAUUCUUCUCCUAGAUGAAGCAACCAGUGCACUGGAUGCCGAAAAUGAGUACCUGGUCCAAGAAGCUCUGGAUCGGCUAAUGGAAGGCAGAACGGUGUUAAUUAUCGCCCAUCGUCUGUCCACCAUUAAGAAUGCCAAUAUGGUUGCUGUUCUCGACCACGGGAAAAUUACCGAAUGUGGGAAACACGAAGAACUGCUUUCAAAACCAGAUGGGAUAUACAGAAGAUUAAUGAACAAACAAAGUUUUACGUCAGCAUAAUGAAACCAUUACUUGUAAAUUGAAAUAGGAGAUUUUAAAGCAAAACAGCACUGCAAAGGAAAAAAAAACUUGGAGAUUGUAUGAAAUCUGUAAUCAACUUCAAGUACUGAAUUCUUUUCCCGAAUGUAUAAAUAUUGUUUUGAAAUGUACCUGUCCUCAAGAUCUUUUCAUUCAGAGUUUUAAUAAUUGUAAGUUUCUAAACGUCCAUAGCACUGAAGUUAUUUUCAGGUUUUGUGUUUUAUCUUGGAAUAUUGUGAUUAACAUAGUGUGACAUCUUUUGCCUGCUGUUAUAGAUGGAAACUACGUCAAAUGACAACUUUUAAGAAGGAAUUAUAAAGAAAAAGCCUGAUUAUUUUAGGCCAGUUUUCUAGGCACUGUGUAAUUCUCUCGAUAGUAUUCUACCUGCUUUGUGACUAAUUUUACUUGGUAGACAUAAAAUUUGCUCGUGUCUAAUUUUUGUAGAAGAUGGAAAUCUAGCCCUCUUUUUAAACCUUAAUAACCUCAUGAAGUGAACCUACCUACUAUACGGAAAUAGCUUCCAACAGAUGAAGAGAAGGGAUAAUUUCUAUUGCUAGUCUGUGACGUAGAAGGUGUGCGAGCUGAGGAAUGUAUGUUCAUAUGGGAUGUGAUUGUGUCUGAAUGCCUGUGGUUUUCAACAUUUCUGCUACAUGUGACCCUGAUGAGUUUUUAAAAAGGGAAGAAGCCCCAUCCUUCAAAUAGGAAACCUUCUCUUUUCUUUAUUCAUAUAUAUGUUUCUCUGAGUACUUUGGAAAGCAAAGAAUGAAGUGCCAGGUAUUAUCAAGAAAGAUGGAAAGAAUUAAUUUUACAUGUAAUUUGUCUGAAGGCAUGCAUUUUGAAAAUUAUCUUUAAAAAAAUUUUAAUUCCCAGUCAACUUGUAUUUUACACCUUUUUAUCAGUCAUUUAAGUACUUUUGAAGCUUCACUCAAUGAGGCUAAAAUCUGAGUCAUAGAACUUUAAUUUUCAACCUUAUAACAUUUGGGGGAAAGUUUAGACAUUCUUAACUGUUCCACAGAAUAACAAGAAACCUUAAGAACUUGUUACUGUACCGAAAAGACAAGGUAAAUAACUCUUUUUCUUUUAUUUAUGGUUAUAGUUUUAUUUGCCUAAAUGUCUCAAAAUCCCUAAACAAUGCUGACAACCACUGGAUUUGCUGUAUUCCGUAUCCGUGCUGUUAACUUGCUGUUGCCUCAAGAAAAAAAGUGCCUUUUCUCCACUGGUGAUGCCAGAACCUAAGAAGUAAUUAUGCUUAUGUAAUUAAAAUGAAAGCUACGAGCCUGCUUCCGUAAAGAUUACAGCCUUGGAAACCCUGUGGGGCAGUUCUCUCUGUCCUAGAGGGUUGCUGUGAAUCGGAAUCGACUCGACAUCAGCAGCUUUGGCUUUUUAGUUUUAUCACUUAUUCCCUAAUUGUACUGGCGGGGGAAACCACUAUUUCAUGAUAAGCACUGAGUAUUUCAUUCUACAUAAGGGAAUUUACUAGUGAAUAAAAUGAAUUCAGUGUUCCUUGUAUGAGUAAACAGUACAUCUGUGAUGGUCAUUUAAACAGGCUCUACCUGUAUUCUUCAUACAGUUGGCUAUUAUGGUAUGGUUCUCCAAAGGCAAAUAGCACAAGUAAAAGGCUGAAUCCGGGAAAUCUCUCUGUGCCACAGAAGUAUUGACAAAUUGAAUUUGGUCAUUAUAUAUUUUUUUCUAAUACAAGAUGUUCAAUUGUGUUUUUAAGGAACAUUUUAUAUCAUGGAUUAAAAUUUAUAGUGAACUUUAUUUGCAUCUGUCACUUGUAAAAUUUUUUACGACAUUCUGUUGCUUACUAGAAUUUGUGGAGAUUCAGGAAUAAAGAAAAAACUAGCAUUACAAAUACAGAAAUGUAAUUUCAAUUUCCACUCCUCUCCUCCUUGUCUAAGAU